CGCGGUCGGCCAGCCCAUACCGUUCCCAUGGCUCUCCAGCUCUUGAUUUUCGCGCUCUCUUUGCCGGCGUUCAUCGCAGAAGCCGCGAUGGACCUCACCGCUGACAUUCCAAAGUUCACGGGUCCCAUCCUGAACGUAACAGUUCCGGUAGGCAGAGAAGCAGUCCUCGAGUGCGGUGUCGACAACUUAUCAAAUUUUAAGGUGGCGUGGCUGAGAGUGGACACACAAACUAUCCUCACCAUCCACGGUCACGUAAUUACGAAGAAUCAUCGCAUUGCGGUCACACACAGCGAGCACAGGACAUGGUAUCUCCAUAUACGAGACGUCCGGGAGUCGGAUAGGGGCUGGUAUAUGUGCCAGAUCAACACCGAUCCCAUGAAAAGCCAAAUUGGAUAUCUGGAUGUCGUCGUUCCGCCAGACAUCUUGGACUAUCCGACGAGCACUGAUAUGGUAGUACGAGAAGGAUCAAACGUGAGUUUACGAUGUGCCGCCACCGGAUCCCCGGAACCGACAAUAGCCUGGAGGCGGGAAGGAGGCGAGCCGAUUCCUCUAGGAAACGGACAAGAAGUUGCCAGCAUCGACGGGACGACGUUCAACAUAAGCAAGGUGAACCGUCUGCACAUGGGUCCAUAUUUGUGCAUCGCCUCCAACGGCGUUCCGCCAUCUGUUAGCAAGAGGAUCAUGCUGAGGGUCCAUUUUCCGCCGAUGAUCUGGAUACAAAAUCAACUGGUCGGAGCGAUGGAGGGCCAGCAAAUAACUUUGGAGUGCCACUCGGAAGCGUAUCCGAGAUCCAUUAAUUACUGGACUAUGGAUGAUGGCAACAUUAUUUCAGAAGGGGCGAAAUACGAACCCGUAUUAGUCGAUAACGCCUACAAGGUGCACAUGAAGCUGACCAUUCGAUCUGUGAGCUUCGCCGAUUAUGGAUCAUAUAAAUGUGUGGCAAAAAACUCGCUCGGAGAAACAGACGGCACCAUAAAGCUUUAUCACAUUCCAUCACCUUCCACCCAGAAAACCACAACUUCCACCACAGCCGCUCCGAUCAACUUAUCACUGGAAAAAGACACGUCAAAACAACGCAGCCGACCGAAGGAACCGGCCCCAGACCUCGGCACCAAUGAAAUAUUUGAACCUGAAACAACAAAAGAAAGAGAUCUCCGUCUACGCAGCAACCCCAGCGAAACCAGCCAGGAACACAAUAUCCACGACAGUUUCUUCUUCUCGUCAGCAACGAGGCUUUGGUCGAGCUGGCUAUGGCUUAUCACUCUUGUUAUUGUUUUCACCUGAAACGACGGCUGGGUAGGGAAAUUGUAAUAUAAAUGUAAUAUAUCGUUGCUCUCGGUUAUUUUUGUCGAAGAUUGAUAUUUCAGUAUUAUGUGCAUUCCAGUUAGUUUGUCCCGGGUAAUAAAUAACAACGCCCUGUGUUGCCACCUCUGUCACGUGUCAUGUAAAUAAAUAAAAAUCAAGUAGCAAGUGGUAUUUUGUUUGAUAAGUAAGUAGGUUUUAAUGCUAUAGGUGUAAGUAAACCAUCUCCGAUUUUUGUAAAUAAUUUCAUCCUAACGUGCGUCCCUGCUUUUUCCUUCUGAAUAUGAUGUAGAGGCUAAAUGACCAGCCUAUAUAUUUUUAAACAAAACUCGUGUAUGUUUUAUGUAAAUAUAAUACUCUUGACUGUUGCAGAGUUGAGACUGAAAUUAUUUUAUUGUAAUUUGUGUUUUAAGAUCUGUAAUUCUUUUAAUAAAAUCUUCUAAUUUAAA